ACUGCGCAUUUAUUCCAAUCCCAUCACAAUCACCGUUACCAUCUUCGUCUCCAAUCAAUUGAGCUUCAAGCCUUCAACUCCCGAACUGCCCUAACUGUUCCUUUAAUACCAAGAAAAAGAAACAGAAUCUAUCCCCCCACCACCCCCCCCGCGUUCUCUCUCUUUCUCUCUCUCUCCCUUUCCCUUCAAGCAAAAACAAUGGCUUCUCAAAACUCUACCCCCAGAAAAUCUCUAUAUCCAGAAGUCAUCCACUCAAACCCUGAUCUUCAAUCCUCAUCUUCCAACCUCUACCCCACAAUCGACAUGCGCGACCUCGUUGAAAAUCUCUUCCCUGACCCACAAGAAUACUAUCAUCAUGCCCCCUCAGCUCCACCGGAGGCCAUCGAGGAAGUAUUGAUCAAAAUCCCCGGUGCCAUUCUCAAUCUAAUCGACAAAAACUAUAGCGUCGAGCUCGCUUGUGGAGAUCUAUCCAUUGUCCGCCUCCGCCAGGGGGAUAAUAUUUUCGCCGUUCUCGCUCGAGUCGCUGACGAGAUCCAAUGGCCAUUAGCCAAGGACGAGGCCGCAGUAAAACUUGACGAUUCGCAUUAUUUUUUCUCCCUCAGGAUGCCCAAGGAGCAUCAUGACUCGGAUUCGAGCAGUGAUGAGGACGACAAGAAGAGUAGAAACGAAAAUGGCAGUGAUUCGAAUGAUAUUUUGAAUUAUGGUUUGACCAUUGCAUCCAAAGGGCAGGAAGCGUUGUUGAAGGAGUUCGAUGGCAUUUUACAGGCUUAUAGCUGUUUUACGGUCCAGAAAGUUUCGGAGAGCGCGAUAACUAAGGGAGAGGCUUUGUUGAGUGAUUUGACAGUGAAGGAAACUUCACCAGCUGAUUUGCAGUACAAGGAGAAGAAAGAAAAGAUGGAGGGAAGGUGUGCGGCCUAUUGGACCACAUUGGCGCCCAAUGUGGAGGACUACAGUAGCACUGCUGCGAAGGUGAUUGCUGUGGGUUCGGGGCAUCUGAUUAAGGGCAUUUUGUGGUGCGGUGAUGUGACUGUCGAUAGGAUGAAAUGGGGGAAUGAGGUCAUGAAGAGAAGGAUGAGUCCCAAAUCGAAGUCAGAGAUUAGUCCUGACACUAUGAAAAGGAUCCGAAGAGUUAAGAAGUUGACAAAAAGGACAGAGAAAGUCGCCAAUGGAGUUCUCUCUGGGGUUCUGAAAGUAUCUGGAAUUUUCACUAGUAAAGUUGCCAAUUCAAAAGUGGGCAAGAAAUUCUUUGGCCUUCUGCCAGGGGAAAUUGUGCUUGCCUCCCUGGAUGGAUUUAACAAGUUAUGCGAUGCUGUUGAAGUAGCUGGAAGGAACGUCAUGUCAACAUCAUCCACUGUGACAACUGAACUCGUUAACCACAGAUACGGUGAACAAGCUGCUGAGGCUACUAGUGAGGGUCUUGAUGCUGCUGGGCAUGCCAUAGGAACUGCAUGGGCUGCAUUUAAGCUUCGAAAAGCACUUAAUCCAAAAAGUUCUUUAAAACCCAGCAGCCUGGCGAAGUCUGCUCUUAAAGCUGCUGCCGCAGAGAUGAAGGAUAAGAAUUCAAAAUAACUACGGACGGAUCUUCUUAAAACAUUGCAGAACUUCAGCUGUAACAAAUUAGAUUUAUCCUUUGCUGCUUGUUGUAAAUCUAGCCUUUGUAUUUUUUUUGCCGUUAAUUUGUAAUUACUGUUGCAUAUAUCUUACCGGGCCUAUUAAAAAUGAUUAUAGCUUUAUUUUGUAUAAUUUUUUCUAGACUGUGUUUUCAGCUUCA